GCGAGAUUCGCGUCCGUAUCAGCUCGGGCGCGCCGUGCAUUUCUCGGGAGACAUAUAUCGUUUCUGUACUCGCUCGAUGGAGCGAAAAUAGAAACCGAUCUUCAAAACAUUUUCCCGCCAUAUUUUCUUCGCUCCAAUUUCCCUUCUUCUGCCUUUUCUUCCCCCUUUUCUCCCCCCCCAACAGCGCUCAGAUCCUCGGAAGAGAAAGGAGAGAGAUGGAAACCCUAAUUCCGGAGGUCUCAAAGCUGCUGAACGAGACGCUGAGCCCAGAAAAGACCCUUGUCUGGUCGGCGACAGAAGCCCUCGAUCGCCUCUCCUCGAAUCUCCCCGCCUUCCCUCUCUCCCUCAUUGCCAUCGCAUCUGGAGGUGAUAAUCAAGGGCAAAGAAUAGCUGCUGCUACAUAUCUGAAGAAUUUCACUCGACAUCGUGUUGAGGGAGACUCAUCUUCUCCAAAAGUUCAUCAUGAGUUUAGGAACCAGCUUGUUCAAGCUUUACUUAAAGUUGAAUCAGCAGUUCUCAAAGUUUUAGUUGAAGCUUUCCGUGUUAUAAUCGUUGCUGACUUUGUUAAGGAGAAUUCAUGGCCUGAACUUGUACCCGAACUGCGAUCAGUUAUUCAAAAUAGUGAUCUUAUCAGUGGAAGUGCAAACUUUCAGUGGAAAACCAUAAAUGCCCUUACCGUUCUUCAAGCUAUCAUUAGACCCUUUCAGUAUUUCUUGAACCCCAAACUUGCGAAGGAACCAGUGCCGCUGCAGUUGGAGCUGAUAGCGAAAGAAAUUCUUGUCCCUUUGCAAGCUACAUUCCAUUGUUUCCUUGAUAAGGCUUUAUCGUUCCAAGGAACAGAGGUGGAAACUGAGAGGACCCUUCUCAUCAUUUGCAAAUGCAUCUAUUUUGCUGUGAGGUCACAUAUGCCAUCUACUUUAUGUCCUCUUCUGCCUUCAUUUUGUCUGGAUCUUAUUCGGAUUCUGGACUCCUUGACUUUGGAUGGUAUAGUUCUAGAAGAUGGGUACUUGCUGAGGCUAAAGGCUGGGAAAAGAAGCUUGCUUAUUUUUUGUGCUUUGGUCACACGACACCGGAAGCAUGCUGACAAGUUGAUGCCGAGCAUCUUAACUUGUGCAUUCAGAAUAGCGAAGCAAAGCAUCAAUGUUAGUAAUUUCGAUUUCUUGUCGGAGCGGAUUGUUUCAUUAGCUUUUGAUGUUAUUUCGCAUGUUCUGGAGACAGGACCAGGAUGGAGAUUAGUUUCGCCUCAUUUUUCUUCAUUGAUGGAGUCUGCAAUCUUCCCGGCAUUAACAAUGAACCAGAAGGAUGUUUCAGAGUGGGAAGAAGAUGCAGAUGAGUACAUAAGGAAAAAUCUUCCAUCUGAUCUUGAAGAAGCUUCUGGAUGGAAUGAAGAUCUGUUUACUGCAAGGAAAAGUGCUAUAAAUUUACUUGGCGUCGUUUCAAUGUCAAAGGGGCCUCCAACUUCUGCAGCUUCAGUGAAACGCAAAAAAGGUGAUAAAAAUAAAGGAAAAGAACGACGUAGCUCUGUGGGGGAAUUGUUAGUGAUACCAUUUUUAUCCAAGUUUCCCAUUCCCUCGGAUGCUGUUUUGAACCCAUCUAGGACUUCAAAUGAUUACUAUGGUGUUUUGAUGGCUUAUGGAGGUCUUCAAGAUUUCUUGAAAGACCAGAAUCCUGCAUACACAGCAACUUUGAUUCGGAGCAGGUUGCUACCAUUAUAUUUGUCAUCUCCCUGUCUACCUUACUUGGUUGCCACUGCAAACUGGGUACUUGGAGAGCUUGCAUCUUGUCUCCCUCAAGAUAUGAGUGCAGAUAUUUAUGGUUCACUGCUGAAGGCAUUGGUCAUGCAAGAUGUGGGGGAUAUUUCCUGUUAUCCUGUCCGGGCUUCUGCUGCUGGGGCUAUUGCAGAACUUCUUGAAAACGACUACCUUCCACCAGAAUGGUUGCCCCUCUUGCAAGUCCUGGUUAAUGGCACGGAUAAUGAAGAUGAAAAUGAGAUCUCCCUUUUAUUUCAGCUAAUAACCACCGUGGUUGAGGUGGGCGAUGAGAAGGUUGCUGUUUAUCUUCCAGCAAUUGUCUCGACUUUAGCUGGUGCUAUUUCAAAGCACAUACCUCCUAUCCCAGAGCCAUUGCCUCAGGUGGCAGAGAAGGGCUUUGCUGCAUUAGCUGCAAUGGCACAAACUUGGGAGGAUUCUUUGCAGGAUGAAAUUAAGCAGAAUGAAUCAAGCCAAGAGCAGAGAUCUGGUUGGGCUACCAUUGCUAGAGCAUUUGCAGGCCUCCUACAACAGGCUUGGCUCACUUCUGCACAACCAAUGGAAGGAGAAGUUUCUAGUUUAUUGCCCCCUCCAUCAUGCAUAGAUGAGGCGUCGGUAUUGCUGGGGUCCAUUAUGAGAUUCAUUGUUCUAAUUGAUGAGGUCACUGAGCUAAAAAUUGCAGAGUUGUUAGUAGUUUGGGCGGAUCUGAUUGCAGAUUGGCAUGCUUGGGAAGAAGUGGAAGACUUGGCAAUAUUUGAUUCCAUUCAGGAAGUUGUGAAUUUACACAAAAGAUGCGAGUUAAAACACUUCUUUGUAAGAGGGAUGCCGCCACCACCUGCUCCGCCUGUUCCACAACGUUCCAUUAUUGAAGGCGUCAGUGCUUUUGUUAGUGAGGCUAUUUCAGCAUAUGCAUCCGCAACAUGGAGGGCGUGCACAUGUGCACAUUUAUUGCUCCAUGUUCCAAGGUUCUCAUUUGAAUCAGAAGGUGUCAAGCAGUCGCUGGUAAUAGCUUUCAGUUGGGCGGCAUUUUCACGUUUCAUGAAGAUCCGAAACAAGCCUAUUGCAUUGUGGAAGCCUUUGCUGCUGGUUAUUUCAUCAUGCUAUUUAUGCUAUCCUGAUAAUGUCGAGAAGAUUUUGGAGAAGGAUGAGGAAAAAGGUUUCACUAUUUGGGCAGGUGCAUUGGCACAUAUCUCGACUAGCUCUUUUGAACCCAGCCUCUCUUCUGAGUCCGAGAUCAAGUUAGCAGUAAUGGCAUUGACAAAGGUGGUUGAACGGUUGCUGGGUUCUCCUUCAGACCCAGGGAGUAGUGUUUUGCGGGAUUGCUUUGACUCGCUAAUGGAAGUAGCCAUACGUCUUAAAGAGGUUCAGGAAGAAGAGGAGAGUGAGGAUGAUGGUACGGAAGAUGAUGUUGAUGAAGCAGAUGAAGAAGUUGAUGAGUACGAUGAUGAGGAUUCUGAGGACGAUGAGCGUGAAGAAACAGAAGAAGAAUUCUUGGAAAGAUAUGCAGAGGCAGCUGUUAAAUUGGAGAGUGAGAUGGUUGCAGAAGGGGAUGUGGAGGAUCAAGAACAGGAACUUGAAUUAGGCAUCUUGGAUGAAGUUGAUGAGCAAAGAGCUGUAUACUCCUUGAUAGAGAGAUACCACCACGUUCUUAUACAGAGACAGACAUUACCAUCUCAUCUUAUCACAAGAUUCAUAAACACCUUCCCCAAAUACGGUUCAUUCUUCCAGGCUCGUUGAGAAUUAUCAAAGGACUUUUAUAUGCUCUCAUUUGUGUAGUCUUCUUCUUCUUCUUCUUCUUCUUUUCAAUUUUAAAUUCAGGAUGUGGCAAUUCAUACCAAAUGCCAGUGUACUGUAAUAGCUUGUUGCAUUGGAAUUUUUGGUUAGAAAAAUUAAUAUGACAUUCAUACCCAUGUAAAGGUAUGGUCUUCAACAUAAUAGAUUGGGGAGAACUUGGUAGUUGUUGUA